UUCUGUCUAUAACAAAGGAUGUUGUUAGUGAGUUUGUGAGAUCUGAGUUUAUCAUUAUUUCUUGCUUUCCUGUUGAAUUUUGUCACAAUGUUGAGUUAAGCAACUGUUAAGCUGGUGUUUAUGUUAGUAUGUUGUCAAGGGCUAACGGUCGGCACGAGGAAGUCUCCUUUGUCUAAUUAGCCGAAACUACAGUGUUUCCUCUCCUUUCAGUGACCUGGCACCACAUAGCACACAUAUAUCUUACAUGAUUGUCUGUAAUUAAUACUUAAAUACUGGGAUGUUAUGCCAAUUCAUGUUUUUUUUUAAAUUUUAACUAAAUAACAGUACACAGCACAAUCAAAUCUGCUUUUUUUGUUUUAUUGGUAUUCUUUUUAUAUUUAAUUUCACUCCUCAGUGGGUAUUAGUCACAAUGUAAAUGCCUCUGCAUCAGACACCUCUGGCUAAACCUGUCCUCUGCUCUAAGUUACAUGACUUCAAGGAGGCGCUGCUGCAGGCAAAUAACGCACAAUAGGUUUGAGUCUGAGCCACAGUUAAAAAUAACCUGAGAUAAAUGACCUCACAGGAGGAAAAGCCAGACCUGACAUUUUUAACACAGACAGUAUGACCAUAGAUAAAACAGUUCUAUGUUUAAUAUGAUAUCUUCGUGUUUUAAUGUGUCUUAAUACACACACAGUCUUUGUUGAUGUGAACAAAGUAUACCUCACAGGGAACUUGUUUGCCUUAAAUACACAAAUGUCGUCAGACUGCGGCUUUAAAUAAAACAAAGAAUAUGACUCAAGGUCACUGACUUUGCACUCGUUGUUCAAACAAAGAUUAUGUGCUGUCUGAUAUCCCUUUCCUCGCUCUGUUUCAAAACAACCUGACUACAGAUGUGUACGGUUGGCAUCAAACUCUCUCCCGGCUGUGUCUCUUUAUCGUCUUCCAUCUCGUGCAUUGCAAUGUGCUGCAGGGCACAACCGUUUGGCAGCAGUGAUGAGCAGAUUUCAUUCCUUCAAGCUGUGUGGCUUUGUGGCUUUGCUCUGUCAUCUUGAAGUUUAGAGAAGGUCUACGUUGAAGGUGGCAGCCAUGGUGUUGAUUCUGGGCAGAAGGAUGAUCAGGGAGGAGUCUGGGAUCAGAGACUCGCCGGCUGUCAAACGCAAGGUGUUUGAGGUUGACUCCAAAACGUUAGCCAGCCAGGACGUUUUGGACUUCUGUUCCGGCUCAUCCCACUCAGAUGGCAUCCUGCAGGUCUUCAAUGAGUUCCGCGACUGCCGCCUGUUCACCGAUGUGGUCAUCAGUGUGCAGGGCCGUGAGUUCCCCUGCCAUCGCGCCGUGCUUUCGGCCUGCUCCUCCUACUUCAGAGCCAUGUUCUGCAACGAUCACCGCGAGAGCCGCGAGAUGCUCGUCGAGAUCAACGGCAUCCUGGCCGAGGCGAUGGAGUCCUUCCUCUCCUACGUCUACACCGGCCGCGCCAAGAUCACCACAGACAACGUCCAGUUCCUCUUCGAGACCUCCAGCCUCUUCCAGAUCUACACGCUGCGCGACGCCUGCGCCAAGUUCCUGGAGGACCAGCUGGACCCUUGCAACUGCCUGGGCAUCCAGCACUUCGCAGACGCCCACGCCCUGAAGCAACUGGCUAGCCGCUGCCGCACUUACGCCCUGGCCAACUUCUCCGAGGUGGCUCAGCACGAAGAGUUCCUCACUCUACGCAAAGAGGAGCUAGAAGAGUACACCGGCAGCGAUGAGCUGUCCAUCGGCAAGGAGGAGGUGGUGUUCGAGGCGGUGAUGAGAUGGGUGUACCACAGUGUGGAGCAAAGGAAGCCCAUGCUGAAGGCCCUGCUACACAAUGUGCGCCUGCCCCUUUUGCACCCCAACUACUUUGUCCAGACGGUGGAGGGAGACCAGCUCAUCCAGAAUGCUCCAGAGUGCUACCAGCUUCUCCACGAGGCGAGGCGCUACCACGUGCUCGGAAAUGAAAUGAUGUCACCCAGAACUCGUCCACGCAGUUCGACUGGCUACUCUGAGGUGAUCGUGGUGGUGGGGGGUUGCGAGAGGGUGGGGGGCUUCAACCUGCCCUACACUGAAUGCUAUGAACCCGUCACAGGAGAGUGGAAGUCACUGGCCAAACUACCCGAGUUCACCAAGUCAGAGUAUGCUGUCUGCGCCCUCCGCAAUGAUAUUCUGGUGUCAGGUGGCCGUAUCAACAGCAGGGACGUGUGGAUGUAUAACUCCCAGCUCAACCUGUGGAUCAGAGUGGCUUCUCUUAACAAAGGCCGCUGGAGACACAAGAUGGGCGUCCUUCUGGGGAAGGUCUACGCGGUUGGUGGCUAUGAUGGGCAGAGCCGCCUGAGCAGUGUGGAGUGCUAUGACUCCUUCUCUAACCGCUGGAAAGAGGUGGCUCCCAUGAAAGAGGCGGUCAGCUCUCCGGCCGUGGCCAGCUGUGCUGGCAAGCUCUUUGUCAUAGGAGGAGGGCCUGAUGACGACACCUGUUCAGACAAGGUCCAGUGCUAUGACCCAGAGACGAAUACUUGGUUGCUGCGGGCCAACAUCCCCAUCGCCAAGCGCUGUAUCACAGCAGUGUCCCUCAACAACAUGGUCUAUGUGUGCGGUGGUCUCACCAAGUCCAUAUUCUGCUACGACCCCGCAGAGGACUACUGGAUACAUGUGGUUCACACCUUUAGCAAACAGGAGAGCUGUGGCAUGUCGGUGUGCAACGGCAAGAUCUUCAUUCUUGGCGGCAGAGGGGAAAAUGGCGACGCAACAGACACCAUCCUGUGCUACGACCCGUCAUCAGGCAUCAUCACCGGAGUGGCAGCCAUGCCGCGGCCGAUCUCCUACCAUGGCUGUGUAACCAUCCACCGCUACAAUGACAAAUACCACAAGAUCUGACCAUAAACAAGCACACACACACACACACACACACACACACACACACUGAAGAACUUUAACUUUCUUUGAAACUUAAGCUCUUCACCCAUGCACAACACAAACACAACUACACACGUCUUUAUAACAGGCACAUUAUGUUGCUCAGUCCACAGUAGCUGAGCUAAUUUAUUUUCUCACAGCAUCGCGUAGCAAUACUCAUUGUGGUGCUGUGAAUCAUUUGCUGUUGUGUAACAUAGUUAUUGCCCUUCCGUGGAAAUGUGGUUGGUGACGCUAAUGGCUUGUCUGUAACCUGAGCUCAGGUGAAGUCGGAUCGAAAUGGCAGAUGUGGCUUUGCAUUAGCAGUAACUGCACAAGGUUGGGAACUUAUGGAUCAUAUAUGACAGAAGUAAAGAAACUGAUUGUGAUAAUGGGAAAAUAAAUUAAUGAUAGAAAAUGUUAUGGGAGAUUGGAUUAACAUUAGGAUCACGGAUCUGUGGUGACAAUAUUAUAAACUCAUGGUUCACUUACUUAGCUUUUCACAGAGCUUUCAACCCAUCCCAUUAAGCUUACUGAAAGAAACCAAUGUAAAUGGUUUAUGAAAAGCUAAUUAUAAAAAAGUAUUUUUACACAAAUGAAAAAACACUAAAGUUUCUAAAUGACAGUUAAUUGUUUGUUUCCCUAACUGCAUAUUAUAUGGAUUUAAUACUACCUGGCAGAGCUAAAACUCUUAAUAACAUUAUUGAGUUUUAAUAAUACAUUUUAUUAUGAUAGUGAUUACAAGCAGGUAAUCAGUUUAAGUGUACUUGUGCUUUUAUUACUGUGCAAAGUGACCUCACCCUUAGAUCUAAGUUGCUGAUGAGCUGAAAUAUGAACAAGAACAAUGCCAUAGGACAAAAAAAAUGUAAACAAAAAACACAUGAGCCAAGAAUGAACUGCCAACAGAAGAAAAAUGGUAUGACUCUUAUUUUUUACUGACAGAUGAGUGGCCAGGUGAGAUAUCUAACCUUAAACCCAAUGCACUCCAUGCCGAUAUUUACAUACAGCACUUGUAGAGAACAUUAAAAAAGUACUGUCCUCCGUUUUUUAAACUCUUUUCCUUAACACUAAAAAUGACCUGAUAAAAAUGUGGUAAACAGUCAGCCAGCUGUUCUCCCACAGUAUCAGUGGUUCUACGUUGCUCUCACCCGUUGACAUUGAGCAGGGUUAAGAGAAGAGAUUAAGAGCGGAGGCCGUACCAAAAUAUUGGAAUAUAGCCACUUUUUGCUUUGCCCUCGUUUCCUCCUCAUAUCACCUAGUUCCACUUCCCGUAUGCGUUUCCCUUUUUCAUCCUCCAGCUGUGUCAUCACCUCACAUUUCCAUGUCUCCUUUUAAGCUUUAUUUUGGCUCCACUUAAUUAUUAUUAUUACACUCAUUUUUCAUUACUGUCAUUUUGUUUUUAAGUUAUACUUGUUUGUCCUUUUUUUUUACAAUUGGAUGUUUACUGUAUUAUAAGUAGCUUUAGUGUGUCUAUUUCAUAUCGAUGUUGGAUCAUUGGUGUACUGGGCUUGUGGGCGGUUUUGCAGACAUGAGAAGCUUUUUGUAGAUCAAACUCAAAGACUGCUCUGAAUAAGUGGUGUGCAUGUUGUAGUAUGUGUGUGUGUGUGACUUUCACGACUCUUGUCUGGAUGUGUCAGCGCCAAGGAGGUUCAUCAAGGAGUUCUAGAGUGAGCAUUGCACGACUGGUAACUUUUGUUUACCCAAGUUUUCACUCUGAUGGUGGCACCGCUCACCUGUGCACUUACAAGAUGUAUCUCGGGGUGACCAUAGAUACCUCCAGAUGUGCAUGUGUGUGUUUACUGGUCAGCUCAGGUGGUGUGUGUAGCACUUCUACACCUCUGACAAAGGGAGUAAAGAGUUCUGAAUGACAAGGAUUUUGGAUGAUGUGGCUCAUGGUCAGUAAAAGUCACAUUUUACUACAGUAGGCGUUGAUAGACUCGAGAUAUUGCUGUGAAUAUAACUUUUAAUAUGUUUUCUUUGUUUUAACUUGUAUUUAAAUGUAUCUCUUUCUUGGUUGCAUAUUGAGUUUUUCUAUAACUGAGAGCCCCAAUUGUGCGCUUUGACAGAAUCGCAUUAAAUUUAUAAUUAUAUUACGAGAAGUUUUUUUUUGUUGUUGCUUUUUUACUGUAUCAGUAAAUGUUCUUUGCUUUCAUGUGACGUAUGGAAGAGACAGUAAAAGGGCCUGUCAGCUCCUCCUGUUGGCCACUACCUGCUAUGGCUUUGAUAUUCUAACAAAAACUGCUUCCUUCUGUCUGUCUGUCACAAUGACAAAAGCAGGCGGGGGUAUUUCGGCUUACACCAUCCCCCAGGCGUUUUCUCUGAAGGAUGAGUUCUUGGUCAGGACUUCAACAGGACUACAGGCUGUAAAGAAAACAUCCUAAGCCCCACUCAGGGUUAACUCAGGAGGCCAAAAAGAGGAGGCUGAGGGGCAAGAAUGUGGUAAAGCAAAAGAGUUAGAGGGAGUUAGAUAAAUAGCGAGAGAGAGAAUUUGAGUGUGUGUGCGUCUGUGAUUUCACUGAGUAUUUACACAUAACAACACGUUAUGUUGAUUUUAAGAUUUUCAUUAUUCGUGAUGUAGAAGCAUUCAUACAAUGUUUGCUUUGAUAAGAUUAUUGUUUUUGCUAUUGAUUUUUUUUCUUUGCUUUUGACUGGUGUGGUGAGUUGUGAGAGCCUUUGCAAUUUCACCUGACAUGAUCUGAAUUAAACCCUGAAGAGCUCAGCAUUAAAAGAUGAUUGAUGGAUUUUGAUGUGAAUGCAGAUAAAAGCCAAAGUGGAUUAGAUUCAAUCCCAAGAUUUUGCAUGCAAAAAUACCCCAUAACAUUAACUAAUGUGUUGCAGAAUGCUGCCCGAUGUGCCUUGAUAAAAGAAUGACGAGUGGGGAAUUAAAUUGUACCAUUUUUAUAUAAACCUUUCUUAUCGUAUGUAUGUUGUGAUAUUUUAACACUACUUUCUCCUCGGACGCUCUUUGUCUAACUGCGAGAAAGCUUCGGAUUUUUGUAAACUGCAGGAUGUGGAAAUGUGGUUGACUUUUGUAAGAGAAACAUCAAUAAAGUUUUCUUUCCAUCCUUA